GUCCUCGUCUUGCUGCCUUUCGCCACCGGCACAGCGAACGCACUGCUCUUGCUCCUCCUGCUCCUGCUCCUCUCGACUCACUCCACUUGUUCGGUGCACCGGCCUCACCCGAACAAGCACUACUUAACCAGGCGACGCCAGACGCCAGAGCACGUUCCACCCCAUCGAUCCAUCCGAACCACACAACAACGCCCCAGCCAGGCCUCGACGACUUUUUUUGCGCCCAACCCCCUUCUUAAAGGACUACCAACGCGCCAACACCGCUCAACUAGUCUCCUCGUCUAACAAACCAUCGCCACUCGAAACACAUCCAACAUGUCCCGUGUCAGCACCAUCCACACGGCGCUCUUUGCCUUUUGUGCCUUCUGGUCCCUCCUGGUCUGGACAGUGACAGCAGGGUUCCUCAGCAAGAUUAACGGCGCUCUCAAGGGCUACCGCUACUUUGGCGAUGACCCGUACACCAACUCGGUCAAGGCCAUCCUCGCCUGGGGCCUCAUCAGCAUGGUCUACUUCAUUGCCCACCUUGUCGUGCUCCUCUUCGUCAGCUCGGAGAACAUUUUCGUGUCUGUCAUUUCCGAUGUCAGCGCCCUCGGCUUCCUCUGGCUCUUCGGUAUCGUCUCGGUCGGCAUCCUCUCGCAGUGGGGCAGCCUCUUCUCCGACUACGGAGGCCCGACUGGCAGCCUUGGCUCUGCCGUCCUUGGUCUCGGCUGGAUCUUGGUCCUGACUCAAAUGGGCCUCCUUGCCUGGGAGCUCAUCUACACGGCCAUCCACUACGGUGGUGCCUUCUCCUCGUGGCGCUCUAGCUUCCACGACCUCAACGACGGUGUCGGCGGCGCGCGCUUCGGCACCGGUGCCGGCCCCUCUCUCGGUCUAAGCGCUGCCGUGUCACGUCUAUCUCUGUCAUCAAAGUUUACGCUGUCACGGUUACCGGUCUUUGGUCUAUUUCCGCGGCGCUUUGCAAGCGACGCUGGUUCUCUUCGAGUUCUGCCCGGGUGUCCGGAUCGGAGCACGGCCGCUUAUCACCCCGCAUCGGUCCUGAACCGGCGCGGGGUCGGCAAUGCGCGAUACGAUAACAAUGUCAUGGCGGCCAGCGACCAGCGGGCAUACCUCACACAUAAGGAGGCGAGGGUGCCGCCGCCUGCGCAUUUCGGGUGUCCGCUACAGCCGUCGGGCGACGCGAAACGCGCCAACCUCAGCAUCACGAAUCAGCCUGCGCUGGGUGGGUGGAAACAGGCUGAAAGUGAAUGUGGACAUGUGACCUUCCCGCCGCCGCCACCCAAACAGCUCGGCUACGUGCUGCCCGGCGAGUCGGUCGUCGUCGCCGCCGUCGCGUGAGCUAAGCCAAUCCACACCUGUGCAUUCAACACACUGCGGCAUCCCCCUCACAACACGAUGGCGUCCCUCAACCUCCGCUCGCUGGGCGUCGAGCUCGACUCCGUCCGCCGUGCACGCGCGCGCAGUGCAAGCGACGCCGCGGCGUCGCCUGACGGCCUGGCGCUCCCCGCCCCGCCGGCGAUCGAGACGGACGAAGACGACGAAGAGGCGUCCACGUCCUCCGAGGUGCCCGAGUCGCCGCUCACGAGCCCCGAGACGCGCACACGGCCACUACCGGCGGCGAGCAGCAAGCGCGUCGCCGAGCCCGAGGGGGAGGCACAGCCGCUGCCGCUCUGCCUGCUCUGCUUCUCCCGCCCGCCCAGCGCAGUCCUACUACCAUGCGCGCACCUCAACCUGUGCUACCUCUGCGCCCCGCUCCUCAUGCACAAGAAGGCCAAGGCCGAGUGUUUCCGCGACGCUGCGUUGCCGGCGGGGCAGGCCGAGCCGCCAAACCCCAGAGCGGGGUACGCCGCUGCGCUGUCGCGCGCGGUCGGGAGCAGCCCGAAGGCCCGCAGGCUGAGUAUGGGCGGGUAUGUUGCCCCUCGCGAAGGCAUGCGCGGGGGCGAGAUGCGCGGGCG